UAGGAAUGAAGCUCCGGGUUGCCUCCCGAGUGUAGUUCAUUAAGUGCAAUCAGAAGAGCGCUGUGGGAACUCCAUUUGUGAGCAACAGGCUGACGAAGAAUUUGAUGAACUAUGUUUUGAAUUUGGUCUGGAACUUGAUGAAAUUACAUCUGAGAAGGAAAUUAUAAGUAAGGAACAAGGUAAUGAAAAGGCACAGGGGGCCUCUGAUGUUGUUCUCUACAAAAUUGAUGUCCCUGCCAAUAGAUAUGAUCUCCUAUGUCUGGAAGGAUUGGUUUGAGGACUUCAGGUCUUCAAAGAAAGGGUAAAGGCUCCAAUGUAUAAACGGGUAAUGCCUAAUGGAGAAAUCCAGAAAUUGAUCAUCACAGAAGAGACUGCUAAAAUACGCCCGUACGCUGUUGCAGCAGUUCUCCGAAACAUAAAGUUUACCAAAGAUCGAUAUGACAGCUUCAUUGAACUUCAGGAGAAGUUACAUCAGAACAUUUGCAGGAAAAGAGCCUUGGUUGCUAUUGGUACCCAUGACUUGGACACUUUGUCAGGCCCAUUUACUUAUACUGCGAAGAAACCUUCCGAUAUCAAAUUCAAGCCUCUAAAUAAGACCAAGGAGUAUACAGCCUGUGAACUGAUGAACAUAUACAAGACUGACAACCACCUUAAACAUUAUUUACAUAUAAUUGAAAAUAAACCUCUGUAUCCGGUUAUCUAUGAUAGCAAUGGUGUCGUCCUUUCAAUGCCUCCAGUCAUCAAUGGAAAUCAUUCCAAAAUAACAGUAAAUACUAGAAAUAUAUUUAUUGAAUGCACAGGGACUGACUUUACUAAGGCAAAAAUAGUUCUUGAUAUCAUUGUCACCACGUUCAGUGAAUAUUGUGAGAAUCAAUUUACGGUUGAAGCAGCUGAGGUAGUUUUUCCUAAUGGAAAAUUACAUACCUUUCCAGAACUGGCUUAUCGAAAGGAGAUGGUGAGAGCUGAUCUAAUUAACAAAAAAGUUGGGAUCAGAGAAACUCCAGAAAAUCUUGCCAAGCUUCUGACCAGGAUGUGUUUAAAGUCAGAAGUCAUAGGCGAUGGGAAUCAGAUUGAAAUUGAAAUCCCUCCGACCAGAGCUGACAUUAUCCACGCCUGUGAUAUCAUAGAAGAUGCAGCUAUUGCUUAUGGAUAUAACAACAUUCAGAUGACUCUCCCGAAAACAUACACCAUAGCUAAUCAAUUUCCCCUAAAUAAACUGACAGAACUCCUGAGACACGACAUGGCAGCUGCUGGAUUCACUGAGGCACUUACCUUUGCUCUGUGCUCCCAAGAAGAUAUUGCUGAUAAACUGGGUUUGGAUAUCUCUGCAACAAAGGCAGUCCUCAUAAGUAAUCCUAAAACAGCUGAAUUUCAGGUGGCACGCACUACCCUGCUUCCUGGCCUCCUAAAGACCAUAGCUGCGAAUCGGAAGAUGCCCCUUCCUCUGAAACUGUUUGAAAUCUCUGACAUUGUAAUAAAAGAUUCUAGCAGAGAUGUAGGUGCAAGAAACUACAGGCAUCUCUGUGCUGUUUAUUACAACAAGAAUCCCGGGUUUGAGAUAAUCCAUGGGCUUCUGGACAGAAUCAUGCAGCUACUUGAUGUGCCUCCUGGUGAAAAGAAGGGAGGAUAUGUGAUCAAAGCAUCAGAAGGCCCUGCAUUCUUCCCCGGGCGAUGUGCUGAGAUCUUUGCCCGGGGUCAGAGCAUCGGGAAGCUGGGGGUCCUUCAUCCUGAUGUUAUCACCAGAUUCGAGCUGACCAUGCCCUGCUCCUGCGUGGAAAUCAACAUUGAGCCGUUUUUGUGAAGAUGGGUCUCGUGUGGUUCUCGCCCCGAGGGUCCCUCUCUCCUCCUAGGUGCCCUUUAGUUGUCCCCACAGUAAGUAAGUCCACUUGUGCUUGUGCAUUAAUGUUGAAUAAAGUAGAAAGCAGUG